AUGGAACAAGAAAAAGGGAGCAGAGUGAGCGUUGAUUCCCUACUGAGCGUGGUGUCCAGCAAGCCAACCGAGCCCGGAAAAAUUCACGAGCUGUCAUUGGUGGACCAGGCGAUGAGCCCUUACACGAUCCAUCUGGUGUUUUACUACCGUUCAAACCCAUUCAGCCACGGCCCAAUGCCUACGGACCUCGACAAUCUCCGGGUGUCCCUGUCCCGCACGCUGGAUGAGUACCCUGUCGUAACGGGACGCCUGACCCGAGGGCCCCACGGCAGAUGGCUGGUCAAGUGCAACGACGCUGGGGUGAGGAUGGUCCAAGCGACCGUGAGUUGCCCACUGGACGAGUGGCUCGGAUCUGCUGACGCCUCCGAGGAGAGGGAUCUGACGGUGUGGGAAGACAUGCCCGCGGACCCUUGCUUUUGGUCCCCUUUCCGCAUCCAGAUAAAUAAUUUCAAGUGUGGGGGCUUGGCAGUCGGAUUGAGCUGCACUCACAUGCACGCGGAUAUAACAAGCGCGGCCGCACUAAUGAAGUCCUGGGCGGAGGUCCACCGGGCACAACCACUCACCAACCCCCCCAUUUUUCACCAACUCCCGCGAUCGCCCUCCUCCGUACCCGCAAACGCUAAUGUCGGUUAUUCCCCAAAACUCGGCACCGCCACACUGAAAUUCUCGGCACCAGCCAUCGAGAGACUCCUGUCCCAAGUCCGGAGCCAGUGCCCCAACGCCACCCCCUUUGAUGCCCUUGCUGCUCUGUUCUGGUCCCAACAGCUUCAAGGAUCAAAACCCCACAAUCGCUCCCUUUGCGUGUGCGUCGACUCGAGAGAAAAGGAGCUAGAGCCCCGCGGCCAUUUCGGGAACGGUUUUAUUUUCUCCCUUGUCAGCGCGGAUGAGGAGGAGCAAUCGGCCGAAUUAGGUCAACUGGUCGACUGCAUCCACCGACAUGUGGCGGGACUCGGUGGGGAUGGCGACUUUUGGUCCGGGACGUACAGCCCCCACCUCACGUGUGUUGAUUUUGAGGGGUCGACCAUGUACGACGUGGAGUUCGAUAAGGGUGAGGGGCCGGUCCACGUGAGCUGCCGUGUGGGGAAUUUGGAUGGGAAAGGGCUAAUCGUGGUGAUGCCGUCUCCCGGGGGCGGGCGCACGGUCACGGCCGUACUCCCCGAGGAGCAGAUUGCGGUGCUGUGCCAGGAUGGGCCAAUACGGGAACUCCACCCCACUUUCCUAUUAUCUUCACCCUCCUAA